UGCGUGAGUGCGUCACAGAGGGACGCAUGGGCGUGGCUAGGCUGCCGUUGCGGAGAGUUUUUUUCAAUUUGAGCGGUGGGGGAGAGAAGUUUGCGAUCCGGAGGAAUUCCGCCAUCACGGAUUUCUUGUGGGACAAGCACACUGGGCUGGCUGCGAAGACGAUGCCUCGUUUGAGGCGAUACCGCUCGUCAGACCGAGAGAGCCGGGAGAGUUACCAUGAUCGUUACCGGCGAAGUAGGCGAGGAAGGCGGAGAUCGCGGUCAAGGAGCAGUGAUAGAGACAGGCGACACAGGAAUGAGAGUUACAUCAGAUCCAGAAGCAUCGAGAACUGUUCGUGCGACAGGCGACUGUACAACGAGAGGAGGUACUGCGAUGCCUAUCGAGGCAACUACAGCCGGGACCAAGGAGACAGCUACCAUGAACCAGACUACUGCUCGCGCAACUCGUAUGACUACCGGCGCUCGCAGGACCGCGGCAGGAGCUACAGGAGUCGGAAGAGCAGCAGACGUAAGCACAAACGGCGGCGCCAUCGAAGCAGGUCAUAUAGCCGCUCUUCCUCGCGGAGCCAUCAGAGCAGCAGGAGGGCCAAGAGUGUGGAAGAUGACAGCGAGGGCCACCUGAUCUAUCGCACCGGCGACUGGCUACAAGAACGAUAUGAAAUUAUUAGCACUUUAGGUGAAGGAACCUUUGGCAAAGUGAUACAGUGCAUUGACCAUCGGAGGGGUGGCUCUCGGGUGGCUCUUAAAAUAAUUAAGAAUGUGGAGAAAUACAGGGAGGCUGCCCGUCUAGAAAUCAACGUGCUGGAGAAAAUUAAUGAGAAGGAUCCUGAAAACAAAUUUCAAUGCGUGCAGAUGUUUGACUGGUUUGAUUACCAUGGCCACAUCUGUAUAUCGUUUGAGUUGCUGGGCCAGAGUACCUUUGAUUUCCUGAAGGAUAACAACUACUCACCGUACCCCAUCCACCAAGUGCGGCACAUGGCCUUUCAGACCUGCCAUGCAGUUAACUUUUUACAUGACAACAAGCUCACUCACACUGACCUAAAGCCAGAAAACAUUCUCUUUGUAAACUCUGACUACGAGAUUGUGGGUAACGCAGAAAAGAAGCGCGAGGAACGAGUGGUAAAAAAUACAGCUACUAGGGUGGUGGACUUCGGCAGUGCCACUUUUGACCACGAGCACCACAGCACCAUAGUCUCCACAAGGCACUACCGGGCACCAGAAGUCAUAUUAGAGCUUGGUUGGUCCCAGCCAUGCGACGUGUGGAGCAUAGGCUGCAUUGUCUUUGAGUAUUACCUCGGCUUUACACUAUUCCAGACACACGAUAAUCGUGAGCAUUUGGCCAUGAUGGAGCGGAUUCUGGGUCCUAUUCCUGCACGGAUGAUCAGGAAGACCAGGAAGCAGAAAUACUUCUACCAUGGCCGCUUGGACUGGGAUGACAACAGUUCUGCUGGGAGAUACGUAAGGGAGAACUGCAAGCCAUUAAAACGAUACAUGAUUGCUGACACCGAGGAGCACUGCCAACUAUUCAACCUGAUCGAGAGGAUGCUGGAGUAUGAACCUUCAAAACGGAUCACCCUCGCUGACGCUCUCCGGCACCCCUUUUUUGAUCCACUCAAAACUGAGCCCAAAAGCACAAAGCCGUGGGAAUCCAACCGAGAUAUCAGCAGAUGACACGGAGCCCAGCUGGGGACUUAUUGGGCGGGAGGGAGGGGCAAGAGAGAAGAACCUUUAUUUUGUUUAGCCUAACUUAUUCCUUCUGACUGCUGCCUUGUGGAGCCCCAGGCUGCCCUUCUGAGUUAUGGAACCUCACUGCCGACAGUGUUCGGGGCAGGAGGAUAUGGAAGGAUGGGCAAGUGUCCCUGUGCAGAACUCCAGGAGUGGCCGAAAUAAACUUUAUUUCUGGAGAGGCGGAGAACUUCGGAUUGUGUCGGCUGCCUCCAAACUGGGAGGGGAUGUCCAUGAGUAAGCCAAUCAAAGGCAUCCACCAAGCCCCUCCCAACCCAUGCGGGGCAGCGGCAGGACGCAACCCCACCUCCCGUGUGUCUGGCCAGUAGUGGGACUCUGUCAAUAUUUCGCUCCCACCAUCAGCAAGCAGUUGCCCCUCCCACUCAGCCAUGUACCACACCAAUUCAUCUGCAAGUAGUGUUAAAAACAGGAGUUCUUAAACUGUCCUGUCAUGGACUUCAUCAUGACCACAACCUCUGUAUUGCAAUUCUUAAUCUCCAUCCUUUAUGUUUACAGACUCGGCAGGUAUGCUCUGUAGAUCAUCAAACGGAGAAUAUUAUACAGGGGAAGGAUUAGGCGCUUUUUUGUGAUGGUUUAAAAUAGUUUAUUGGAUAUGUGUUUUUUUAUAUAUAUAUUAAAUAAAACCUUUGUAUUGUC